AUGGCAUUUCAAGGAUAUUCUGUAAAACGUGGUGUUGUAGAUCAAUUAGUAGAAUUUAAAGGUUCGAUUCUCCUUGGGACAAAAGUGCAUGCACCAUUAAGUAAAUAUGAGCAUGUCUAUGUCUUACCUAUGGAGAAUGUAUUGGCUACAAAAGGAACAGGGGUUGUAACAUCGGUACCUUCAGACUCGCCAGAUGAUUAUAUCACACUUCAGGAUUUAAAGAAAAAGGCAGCAUAUUAUAAUAUUGAUCCUUCGUGGGUGGCAGAUUUUGAACCAAUACCAAUUAUUAAUACUCCAACAUAUGGUGAGUUGGCUGCACCUAAAGUUUGCAAAUUGAAAAAAAUCAAUUCACAAAAGGAUCGGGUAGCUUUAGCAGACGCUAAAGAAUUGGUCUACAAAGAAGGCUUUUAUGAUGGAACUAUGAUCGUAGGUGAAUAUGCUGGGAAGACUGUUCGAGAGGCAAAAACUUUAAUCAAAGAUUUAUUGGUUUCAAAAGGGCUUGCUUUUAUUUAUAAUGAACCUGAAGGUCUUAUUAUGUCAAGGUCUGGUGAUGAAUGUGUAGUAGCACUUUGUGAUCAAUGGUAUUUAGAUUAUGGCGAGACAGAAUGGAGAAAGCAAGCUGAAGAAUGUUUGAAAAAAUUAAAUACUUUUGGUCUUGAGACUAGGCAUCAGUUUGAAAAAACUUUAGCUUGGUUAAAUCAAUGGGCUUGUGCAAGAUCAUAUGGACUUGGUUCUAAAAUUCCAUGGGAUCCUCAGUAUUUAGUUGAAAGUUUGUCUGAUUCAACAAUUUAUAUGGCCUAUUAUACCGUAUCUCAUUUGCUUCAUGGUGGUACUUUAGAUGGCUCAAAAGCUGGUCUACUUGGGAUAGAGGCAUCAGAAAUGACGGAUGAAGUUUGGGAUUAUAUAUUUGGUGACACACAAUACCCAACUUCAACUACUAUUUCGAAAGAAAAACUUGACAUUAUGAGAAGAGAAUUCCGAUACUUUUACCCACUGGAUCUUCGAGUUUCUGGUAAAGAUCUAAUACCAAAUCAUUUAACAUUUUUCAUAUAUAAUCAUGUAGCCAUAUUUCCCGAAAAACAUUGGCCUUGUGGUAUAAGGUCAAAUGGACAUUUGCAAUUAAAUGGAGAGAAAAUGGGUAAAAGCACAGGAAAUUUCUUAACCGGUCAUGAGUCAAUAGAAAGAUAUGGUGCAGAUGCAUCAAGAAUUAGUUUGGCAGAUGCAGGUGAUUCAGUUGAGGAUGCAAAUUUUGAGGAAGCUACUGCAAAUGCUGCAAUAUUAAGAUUAUUCACAUUAAAAGAAUGGUAUAGUUUUCAUGAUAGGGUUUUCAAAAAUGAAAUGAACAAGUUAAUUCAACAAACUAGGAAUGCUUACGAAGAUUCAUUUUACCGUGAUGCAUUAAAAUAUGGUUUUUAUGAAUUACAAACAUCUCGUGAUUGGUAUCGUGAAGCAACAUCACAAGAAGGUGAAGGAAUGCAUCGAGAUUUAAUAUUAAGAUGGAUAGAGUUACAAGCAUUAUUAUUAUCACCAAUUGGUCUGAAUAUAUAUGGAGCGAAGUUUUACAAAAAGUUGGAUGGAUUGAUAGUAAAUGCAUCAUUCCCUUCACCAUCAGAACCUGUUGAUGAAAGUUUAAUUGAAGCAAUUGAAUAUAUUAGAAAAUUAAUAAAAAACAUUCGUGAUUUGGAAGGUGCCUCACAAAAAAAAAAGAAAAAGGGUAGUAAAGCAGAUGAUUUUGAUCCCAAUAAACCUAAGUCUCUUAAAUUGUUUGUUGCAACAAAAUUUCCAGAGUGGCAAGAUUUGGUGGUUGAAGCUAUAAAACAAAAUUAUGAUGAGGAAUCCAAUUCAUUUGAUGAUGGUAAAAUUCGAGCAAAUUUAGGAGAGAAGGGAAUCCUAAAAAACAAAAAAACCAUGCCAUUUGUACAAGAUUUUAAAAAGAGAGUUGAGAAAUUUGGCAAAGAAGCAUUUAAUAGGGCAUUAUUAUUUAAUGAAUAUGACACGCUUGUUAUAGCAAAAGGAUUUAUUCAACGUAGUUUAGGAUAUGCUCAAUCAGAAAUUGUGAAUGCCGAGGAAGUUUCAGAAGAUGAAAAAAGAUUAACGGAGUUUGCAGUACCUGGAGAGCCAGGAAUUUUCUUUAAGAAUAUAUAA